AUGACGAUUUUGUAUACACAGAUAAUGAGAAUGAACGAUUAUAAGAUACUUUCUGGUGAGUAUUCACCGCAAAGCAACUCUCUAAAGCCCGGGAAUGAAGUAGUAAAGGAGUUGAGAGAUGCAGUAAAGUCUAUUACGAAUGAAAGUAAGCAGAUGCACACAUUGAAUUGUUCUGAUAGCAGAUUUGUGUUUUAUCUGAAGACAGUUUCUGGAUUAGUGAUUGCAGUGAUAGGAGAUCGAUAUGCAUCUUCCAAGCUUGAGAGCGGAUACAUGGAGCAAGUGAUUGGAAUAUUUAUGAAGAUAUACAGUGAUGAUGCAAAAGCCACUUACUAUGCGUUUGAUCCAACGAUCAAGUGUGCGUCUGAUAAGUUUAACAGAGAUUCAAGCUAUGAGCAGGGAAUGGCUGUUGUCAAGGAAACAAAAGGAGCGCUUGCCGAGUCUCUGAACAUGAUAACAAAGAGAGGCGAGAACAUCAACAAUCUGAACAAGCUUGUUAGCAAGAUGGCUGACGAGGCAAAGAUGAUGCAAAAGAACAUACACAGGAUGCAUCUUAAGAGCAUGCUGAACGACUACUGGAUAUAUGUUGCGCUGGCUGUGUUUAUGAUGAUGUUUCUGUACUAUGUAGCGUAUUAA